AUCUGUCCCGCUGACAGGCCCGUCCUGGACAGGCACAUGCAUCCCCGCUAAGUGUUCAGAUCCUGCUGGACAGCUCCCAUCUGUUGCGCUCUAGCGUGUCCGCGUCGCGCGUAGAGUGCGCACGCGCGUUCCGCGCACACGGGGUGGUGUUGGGGGCUGGGUGGGUGGAUGUGUGUGUGCGUUCGUGUGUGUGUGUUUGUGUGUGUGUGUGUGCGUGUGUGUGUGUGAGAGCGCGCAGCUCGCGGAGCCGGCGGAGCUCCGGGGCCACAGUGGAUCUGGGCGAGGCGCGCGGGCAGGGCGCAGCGUUACCAUGAGCGAGUCCACCACGCGCGCGCACACACACGCACACUCACGCACACACUGUACAUUCUCGAUCAGCUUCGGCCAGGUGUGCGCGCUCGGGUUCGGCCACGGACGCUCGCGGCGGCGCGCAGGAUGCACGGCGGAAAGAGAGGCCUGGUGGCACCGCAGAACACCUUCCUGGAGAACAUCGUGCGGCGCUCGAGCGAGACCAGUUUCCUUUUGGGUAAUGCCCAGAUUGUGGAAUGGCCUAUAGUGUACAGUAAUGACGGAUUCUGCAAGCUGUCUGGCUACCACAGGGCUGAGGUCAUGCAGAAGAGCAGCACGUGCAGUUUCAUGUACGGUGAACUGACAGACAAGAAGACAAUAGACAAAGUCAGACAGACCUUUGAUAACUAUGAGUCCAAUUGCUUUGAAGUGCUGCUCUAUAAGAAGAACAGGACCCCAGUGUGGCUGUACAUGCAGGUGGCUCCAAUCAGGAAUGAGAACGAUAAAGUGGUUCUGUUCCUCUGUACAUUCAAGGAUAUAACCGUCUUCAAACAACCCAUCGAGGACGAGACCACAAAAGGAUGGACCAAGUUUGCGAGGCUGACCAGGGCGCUGACCAACAGCCGUGGCACCCUGCAGCAACUAGCGCCUAUGAACAAGACUGAAGUCAGCCACAAGCACUCACGACUGGCUGAGGCUCUUCAGCUCGGUUCGGACAUCCUCCCGCAGUAUAAGCAAGAGGCUCCUAAAACCCCUCCUCACAUCAUCUUACACUACUGCACCUUUAAGACCACCUGGGACUGGAUCAUCCUUAUACUCACCUUCUACACUGCCAUCAUGGUGCCCUACAAUGUCUCCUUCAAGACCAAACAGAACAACUUGGCCUGGCUGGUGGUGGACAGUGUGGUGGACGUCAUCUUCCUGGUGGAUAUUGUGCUGAACUUUCACACCACGUUCGUGGGGCCUGGAGGAGAGGUCAUAUCAGACCCCAAAUUGAUACGUAUGAACUAUCUGAAGACAUGGUUCGUCAUAGACCUGCUCUCAUGCCUGCCCUAUGACAUCAUCAAUGCCUUUGAGAAUGUGAAUGAGGAUCCUAUAUCGGACUCCUCUGCAGUGGGCCACAUGCCAGCCACAGGCAGCUCCCCACGGAAUGCUACGCGUGCGGAAGACUCAGUGCUGCCGGGUCUCAGUAGCCUUUUCAGCUCACUGAAGGUAGUGCGUCUGCUGCGUUUGGGGCGCGUGGCUCGAAAGCUGGACCACUAUUUGGAGUACGGAGCUGCUGUCCUGGUCCUUCUUGUUUGUGUCUUUGGCUUGGUAGCUCAUUGGCUGGCCUGUAUCUGGUACAGCAUUGGUGAUUAUGAGGUCAUCGACGAAGUCACCAACACCAUCAAGACGGAUAGCUGGCUGUAUCAGUUAGCUAUCAGCAUUGGCACACCCUACCGCUAUAAUGCCAGUGGAUCAGGCCAGUGGGAGGGGGGCCCCAGUAAGGAUACCCUCUACAUAUCCUCACUCUACUUCACCAUGACUAGCCUCACUACCAUAGGCUUUGGAAACAUCGCUCCAACCACGGAUGGGGAGAAGAUCUUCUCUGUGGCCAUGAUGAUGGUGGGCUCUCUUCUAUAUGCCACCAUCUUUGGAAACGUGACUACCAUCUUCCAGCAGAUGUACACCAACACCAAUCGCUACCACGAGAUGCUGAACAAUGUGCGGGACUUUCUGAAGCUCUAUCAGGUGCCCAAAGGCCUGAGUGAAAGAGUCAUGGACUACAUUGUCUCCACGUGGGCCAUGUCCAAAGGCAUAGACACAGAGAAGGUGCUGUCCAUCUGUCCCAAAGACAUGCGGGCGGACAUCUGCGUGCACCUGAACCGGCAGGUGUUUAACGAGCACCCGGCCUUCCGGCUGGCCAGUGAUGGCUGCUUGCGCUCUCUAGCGGUGGAGUUCCAGACCACGCACUGCGCCCCUGGGGACCUCAUCUUCCAUGCUGGAGAAAGCGUAGACACACUCUGCUUUGUGGUGUCUGGAUCACUGGAGGUCAUUCAGGAUGACGAGGUCAUCGCCAUCUUAGGUAAGGGUGAUGUGUUUGGCGACCUGUUCUGGAAGGAGACUACACUCGCUCAUGCAUGCGCUAAUGUGAGGGCACUGACCUACUGCGACCUUCAUGUGAUCAGGAGGGAGGCUCUGCUCAAGGUGCUGGAGUUCUACACGGCCUUCGCUAACUCUUUCUCCCGGAACCUCAUCCUCACCUGCAACCUCCGCAAGAGGAUCAUCUUUCGCAAAAUCGCUGAUGUGAAGAAGGAGGAGGAGGAAAGGAGACAUCAGAAGAAUGAGGUGACGCUCUCCAUUCCUGUGGACCACCCAGUCCGCAAACUCUUCCAGAAGUUCAAGCAGCAGAAGGAAAUGAGGGCGCAAGGGUCCUUGCAGUCAGAUCUGGAAAGGAACCAGUUCCAAGUGGAGCACCAGCUCCAACCGCUCUCUCACCAGCACCAUCAGCAGCAGCAGCACCACCACCAUCAUCAUCAUCAGUCCCAGUACCAGGUGCACCAUGCACUGCAACACCAGCACGGACCCCCUAUGCAAAAUGGGGCCCCUGGUUCAGGUGGAGGUGGUGGGAACGGUGGCCCCAGUGUUGUGACUGUCUCACAGAUAACUCCAGUCCAGAGCUCCCUGGCCUACAUUCAAAGAGAGGACUCUGGCCGCAGGGAUGGACACGAGGCCUUGGAACUGAAACCCAGCUUGGGCAUAGGUGACCAGAACUGCUUAAAGGUCACCAGUCCGGUCCGCCCCAGGGCAGGCAGGGGUGGACGGGGCUGGAUGCGUCUCAGGAACACAGGGACUGGAGCUUCCCUCGCUCCUCCAUCUGAUCCAGAGCGGCAGCAGAGGGAGGAGGAAUGGGGAGAUGUUUCCCAGUCCCAGGAACUGCUCUCUGAGGAUGGCAAGAACCAGGAGGCUGAAGGGAGAGGUCCUGGUAGAGCAGGAGAUUCGGAAAGUAAUGGCAAUGGCAAUUCCAAUGAAGGUGGUGAAGGGGCUGAUGAGAAGAGCGCCUUACACAAGACUGAUUCUUGUGACAGUGGCAUCACCAAAAGUGACUUGCGCAUUGACAGAGCAGGUGACUCUCGCAGCCCCAUGGAACGUAGUCCAAUGGAACGAAGUCCAUUUGAGCGGAGUCCCUUUGAGCAGCCCAGCCCUGGAACAGGGGUUCUGCCUCCACGAGGUCUUCCAUUCCAACCUGUUCCUGAGCAGGCCCUCCUGCAGAACACCCUGCAGGAGGCCAAGAUGGAGCUGAAGGGGGACAUCCAGACACUUAGCAGUCGUCUGUCUGUGUUAGAAGCUCAAGUGGGCGAGAUCUUGAGACUGCUUUCCGAGAAAAGACCCAGCCCACACCCACAGACUUUAACCCCCAAAACCAAACUCAAAUGCCAGGAUAUCUUCACCGUCUCAAGGCCUGUUACCCCAGAUGCAGAGAAAGAUGAUGGACCCUUUUGAAUCAAGAGAGAACAUUUAUUUAUAGGAUAUAAGUUGGUGGGUUUAUUUAUUUCAACUCUCCUUCUCACUUGACGAUGGAUGAGGAAACUGUUUAAGGAGGCAAGAAUAGUUUCUAUUGUAAAUAGAUGCAUGUCCAGCUGGAAUCUGGCCUGCCAAUGAAGUCUACUCUAAGAAUAGUGGUUGCUUGUAUAUUUAUGCAGUCGACUGCAUGCAAAACGAUUUAAAGAGACACAGUUUUUAUACUGGCCCCAGGCGCUGGACUAUCUCUUUAUUGACUGAUAUUUCAGGGCAUUUAUCUUCAAGAGCAGAUGCACUGUGCCCUGCACACAGGUGCUCUGUAGCUGUAAUAAGGCUUGGUUUGGUACUUUGGUGGUACUGCUUGAACAAAGCAUCUCUGCAGACUGAAAUAGCUGAAAGGGUGGCUCUAGUCUCUCCACACCCUUUUUCCACCACAUAUCCUGAUAUCUUUAUUAUUUAAGUAUUUACAACACACUACAAAUCACAUGCAUGCAGACCAGAGAUGGAGAUUUCAAAGAAAUUCUAUUGUUUUUCCUCUAAUACAUGUGAGGAGCAACCUAUAUGUAGCUUCAACUUUUUAUUUUUCUCAACCUCUUUUUUACCCAUGAAGCAAUAUCUUCAUGGUUGAUUUACCAUUCAAAAUUUGACAUGUUGGGAACUGUGGGGUGGGUGGGUAAAAUGCUUUAGUAUGAUAUGAGUGCAUGCUGGAUGGAUUUGUAAUGCGGAUUGGCAUGAUAGGGAUAGGAAGCAAUCAUUUGCCUCAUAUUACUUAUACAAAUGAACAUGUCAAACUCUUACUAAGGGCUGCAUUUUGGAGAAAAUCUCUUUGCAGUCUUAGAAGCAUGAACAUAAUCACAUCUAUCUUAGCACAAGCAUGAACAGUAUUUUUCUGCAUGAUAUCAACCAAGUUAGAGGGAGAUACAAUACACAUGUUGGUUUGAUACAGAUUUUAAAAUUUCAACAGCUUCAUCCAUUUUUCCCAUUACUUUGUCUAAAAAACACUUUUACUGAAUCCAUGUUUUUCCAUGUUUUUUAUGCUGAAAAUAAUUUGUGUAAUUCCAUAUUUGGGUUUUGGAAAAGUAGCUACAGACACUAAGGGAGUUCCAGAAUAAAUGUUUCUAUCUAGAAAAGCAUUGAUAUUUCCAUAUCAGUAUUCUCAGAUGCCCAGUAAUGCACUACAGAGGGUUUGGUAUGAUAGAGUAACUCAACCUACUUGUGCUUUUUUCUGUGUACUUCAUAUUAUUCUUGGUUUCUCUCAGUGUCCUUAAAAACAAGAGGGAUUUCAAACAGCAUCCAGCUCACAAGAUGCUUACAUGAAGGCCUUCACAUACAAUGCUACUUCAUAAUAUCCAAGGAUGCUGGGAUUUGAGGGUGAAUUAGAAUUAUAAGGUAAAAUCUUAAUGCAAAUCUUUCACAGUCAUCAUCAAAACUCAUUUAAAGAAAUGAUUAGGUGAAAAAUCUAAUUAAUUACAUUUUCCACUUACCCCAGCUUAGACAUGUUUUGCUUCUGUAGUUUAAACCUGGAGCAACAAGGCUAACAAUACCCAUGAACACUAGAACUCACUAGUCACCAAAAUAGCCCAAAUCGUUUCUGCAAAAAACAUCCCACCAAUAUAGCUUUUAUUUCUAAAUCUGUAAAAAUAUUCCACCAAUAUAGCUUUUUUCAAGCUACUCAACUUAACUUAAAUUAAAAAAUCAAACCAGAUGGUUAUGCAUGAUGUGAGGAUGGACUCGAUGAUCGCUGUGUAGAACUGGAUCAUCAAGCUCUGCUGCAGAUUGAAUUUAUCCAGCUGUUUUAGGAAGAACAAUGUCAGCUGUGCUGUCUUGGCUAAGGGGACUGUGUUCCUCUCCCACUUCAGGGCCUUGAAUAUGGUGGUGCCCAGGAACUUGAGUGACUCCACCGUGAAAACCACAGAGCUGUUGAUGUUGAGGGAAGGAUAGGGAGGGUUGUGCCUGAAGUCCACCUCUAUAGUUUUUCAUGUGUUGAGCAGCAGGUGGUUGUUGUUGUUUUACCAGGAGACCAGCCGCUCAACGUUUUUUCUGUAGGUAGACUCAUCAUUGUCAGCUAUAAGGCCCAUCACAGUUGCAUCAUCUGCAAACUUCGGGAUCUUGACAGCUGGUUCCUUAGAGACACCGGUAUUAAUGUAGAGGCUGAAGAGAAAGGGUGAGAGCACUGGGACGCCAGUACUCAUAAAUACAGAGGAAUCUGAUCCAAGAUCAGUCCUGUUUUGUGAAUACCAGCCGUGAUGUCUGAAAUGGCUGCUAGCAGUGCUGAAGUUUUGACUAGACUGUAUGUCCUUUGUGAAGACCUGGAUGCAGUUUAGUUGUGUUGAGAGAAGUUUUUGAAAUGUAAUUUUAUAGGCGUUUUUUUUGGGCUGUUUGGUUGACGGUGUUUGUUAGCUCCAGUUUUAAAGUAAAAAUAGCAAAAUUUGGACGCCAACUGUGUCUUGGCUAAGCAAAUAUAUCUGUGGUAAAUGGGAAAUUGGGUAAAUUAGAUUUUUCAUCAGCAUAUUUCUUUAACGUCUAGAUAGAAUUAGUCAAAUUUCCCACUGUGUACCUUUAGUUUUAUAGAGGUUCCAUAUUAAAACAAAAUACUAAUGACCAUCCUGCCUGCACACACAUACACAUACAUUUAGUUCAUUCAGAUUCAAUAUUACAGUGAGUAUGGUGUGAGUUGAAUGACUAGGUGCCUGAAUUUACCCCUCUUUAUUUAUUCAGUUUACUCGACUGGUCCGCACUCUGUAUUCCCAAUGCAGCACCGCACUUUUAAAGUAAUGUAGAUGGUUUUACCUUCUGACAUUGCAAAUGAUCAGCUAACUGGAGCUAAACUUUGAACCAUGUAAGUCUUGCGGGGCCAGACAUGAUCUCAUAAUGAGGUAAUUUUGGUACAACCAUGAGAACUUGUGGACUAAAUGUAGGUAGGAAUGUCAACUCAUUAGGGUGGAAACAAACUGAGUACGAAAUUUUGAAACCAGUCUUACAAUUUGUGAAGACGGAGCUUAAAGUAGGGACAAUGGUGUGUUCAUCAGCACUGUUCAGUGAACAACAAGCCUGUCAUUAGCCCCUGGAUAUAACAUAAAUUAGCAUGACUGAAAAGUUCCCCCAAAAAACCUUCAAACGUUUUGUGUGAGAAGAGCACAUUAAAGGCGGUAAAAAUAAACAUAAUCUCUUAUAAUGGAAAGACAAUUCCGUUAACCAUUGAUAAAAUGGCACUAGCUAGCUUGUUUUGCUGGUGUUAUUGAUUGUGCUCUGGACAUUAAAAGACCAUGGACUAGAGGAGUUUGGGGGUGGGUUUUAGAGGGGGGUUCCAGAGUAUUUCACCAUAAUCUAGCACCAAAAGUUUUAAGUCCCCAGCAUUUUUGUCACAAGGAUCAUGUCUGUUCCCAUGAGACUAAAACCAUAUCCAUUUAUAAAUAUUUGUAAAAUUGUUUGUAGUGCAAUUUGUUUAUUUAUAUGUUUCUGCAGAAAAUGAGCCUGUUAAAUAAGUUGGCCUUAACUAUGACAAGCAAUAACCUUCCAGUUGAAUUUGUCAGCUCAUGCAGUUAGCAAGUAGAAACAUAAGAAAUGAGAUGAGUAUGAUUAAACUACGUAAGUACAUAACUAUGAGUGUGAUGAUAGAAGUCUGGCACUUAAUGUGUCCACAAGCCUCCUACUUUGACAGGAAAUCUAACUGACAUGCAAACCAAACAACCACAAAACAUUGUUUUUGAGUGAUGUGUAAGGGAGGUGAUUUUUUAAAAUGGGUCUAUAGCAAAAACGCACCUGCAGUGAUAUGCAGCAGCAAACAUGCAAGGAUGUCCAUCUUUCUCCAAAACUCUCAAAGCAUGCAGAGUAACAGUAACAUCUCGAUAGAUAGUGCAUGGAAGUGUGCACACAAGGACCUGCAGAUAGCCAAUCAGAAUGCAACUGAAAAAAUCCUGAUGGUUGUGACCAGCUUAGCAUACUAUAGAAAUGACACCCCUAUGGGUGGAGCAUUUGAGGAUAAGUCUACAUUACUACUAAACCUAAAAUCGGUCUGAAAUUUUGACUAAAUCUAACAAACCGAUUGGCUGAAGUGUUAUAUGUUUUUUUUUCUCAUGGAAAUUGCGGACAGUCAAUAGCAGUAAAAAUUUCAUAAAUGCCCAACUUCUCACUGUCAUCACAGUUUCCAUCCACCCAUUGUGCACCAUUCUCCAUGUUUCAGUUUAGUGAGGUUUCAAGAUUGUGUUCUGACAGUUGCACAUCAUAAAAACUAUGUAAUAGCUUAUUUUUAACGGAGUAUGGUCACUUGAGAGGUAUGAAUAAUGAUUAAUUUAACUUUUGCUGGACAUUUACCUUAUUACCUAAACAAUAAUUACUUCACACUCCCAAGGCACUAACCUUCAGAGUGGACUUCUUCCUUCAUGUGCAAGAGAAAAAUGCUAAAUUAGCAUCACUGAAUUAUUUUUGCUCCUUUUACCCUUGUACAUUCCAUGGGUUGUUCCUAUUCUGUAAAACUCAACAGUGAGGAACACAUAAAUAGUAACAUGUAUGUUUAUAGAGACUUUGUGCACAUCGAGAUAACCAAUGCUAUACAAUCUAAUAGUGUUAAAAAAGAUGACUACAUACGCCAGUGCAAUUUAUUCACUGCGAAGACCUCAGUGUUCCAGAGAUGUAGUACAGUUUGAGGAAGCCAGCAAGGGUCUUACCCUGCCAGGCAUCACUACUUUACCAAGCGGGAGGGGUUGGAGACUGCCUCCAUUUCCCUGAUGCACACUGGAGCCGUACACAAAGCCGUCAUGGCACAGGGAGGCUCCAGGCAUUUGACUGCAUGCUGCAUUUUUGACCUGUACAAAACUUGAUGCCAAUGAGAAUGAUAUUUGCCUGCCAAAGCAGCGUUUUGCUGUGACGUUCAUGCACACACACAUCCAGACAAGAUGUAUGGGGGCCUGGGCCAGGGCAUAUGGAAGACUAUGUAGUGCUGGGAAGAGUAGAGCAUGCAAUAAGUGAUACUGUACCAACAACAAUUGUGUCCAAGGGCAGUAAUGUAUUAUAAUCGAUAUAAUAAUGUAGUAGAUAUUCAUACAGUACAGUGAAAAUUCAGAGACCCACCACUUAUUUAAAUUUUCUACAUAAAGAACAAUUUAUAUGACAGACUAUUUACAUUCAAAGAAAUCUGUAUGGACAUUUUUCCACACCUCCAGUCCGGUUCCACACCACUAUUUCCUUUGUUUGCACAUCCUUUCAGACUCAUGGUGUUGCGUUGUCUUUUCACAGUGGAAGGAUGGACAGAAACACCUGUAGAUUUUUUUCUGAUCUGAAUCAAGAGGGGAGCUUUAUUUUCUUCUCUCUCUCAAAGAUGAAAGCUGAAAGUACUGUUUAUCUGGUGGUCUACCGGGUCUUACUUGGUUGGUAGGAGAGCCAUUUUCUCUGUAUCUUUUAAUAAUUUUCUGAACUCCAGUUUUGGAAACUCCUGUCAUUUUUGAUAUUUUCCUUUAACAUUCCUCUUCCUUAUGCAAGUGAAAUAUCUAAACUCUUCAGAAAUGUCUCCAAUAACGACUUGUACUCUAGUUGCUUUUUUGACUGGAAAUUAAAUAAAUGAAUGGUGGUCUCUGACUUUUGCACAUGAUGUACUUAAAACUGAGUUUUAUUUUAAAAUUGAAGGUAUUAUAAUUGGGCAUGAUGGUGUUAGCCCAUAUUCUGUAUCACACUUUCUGUUUGAUCUGUCUUUGUCGCCCACAUAGCAAGCGGUGGAUGACCAUUGACAACUAUUAGCCUUUGUUUAGAAAAGAACAGAAAUAAGCAACACAUACAGUUAAAGCCAGUGAAGUUCCUGCCUAUUGGCUUCUUAUAUUAUUGUGCAUUAUUGUAUAGUCAAUUGUUUUUCUGUUCUUUUACUAUGUAAAAGCUGAAAGUGUGCUGAAAUUAUUGUCCAUGGAAAUUGACGAGAUUGCAUUGAAAAUUAAAAUCAAUUAAUACACUGGACAGGACUAUUUAUGGGCACAGCAUACACUUAUUGCAAAUGUUGUUAAAGGCCUUUUUUGGCUGCAGGACUGUGCCCAGGCUCUUUGUCUUUGAUGGAGUGACCACUGCGUUUAUUAACCUCUUUUUCACUGUACAUGAGACUUCCUUUUUAUCAGAGUGUAUAAAGAUAUUCUGACAAUG